AUGGCUUUGCCAGAUAGCAGCAUAUCCGCAGAAGAGGUACCUUUCCCUGAGAUCAUAGAGCUGAACGUCGGCGGUCAGGUGUACAUAACCCGCUAUUCCACACUCACGAGUGUACCAGACUCCCUUUUGUGGGAGAUGUUCAGCCGUAAGUCAGCCAAAGGGCUGGCGAGGGACACCAAAGGGCGAUUCUUCGUGGACAGGGACGGUUUCCUGUUCCGCUACAUCCUGGACUACAUGCGGGACCAGCAGUUGGUUCUUCCGGACCAUUUCCCAGAACGCGGGCGGUUGCAACGUGAAGCCGAGUUCUUCAACCUACCCGAGCUGGUCAAGCAACUGGCGCCCAAAAUCAGCAAGCAGAACUCACUGGGCGACGACGGGUGUCAAAGUGACCCGGAGGACUCCUCGCCCGGGACGGACGUCGCCCGGAACUUGAGCACCCUUGGAGCGGCGGCGGCAGCCUGUGCCAGCCUCGUGCCCGGUUCGGCGGACGGAAAGAGGUCCGGCUUCAUCACCAUCGGCUACCGAGGCUCCUACACCUUGGGGCGCGACAGCCACACCGACGCCAAAUUCCGUCGGGUGGCCCGCAUCAUGGUCUGCGGGAAGACCUCCCUGGCCAAAGAGGUCUUCGGGGAGACCCUGAACGAGAGCCGUGACCCGGACCGCCCGCCGGAGCGCUACACGUCCCGCUAUUAUCUCAAGUUCACCUUCCUGGAGCAGGCCUUCGACAAGCUGGCCGACGCCGGCUUCCACAUGGUGGCCUGCAACUCCACGGGAACCUGCGCCUUCGCCCAUGAGCAGACGGAUGACAAAAUCUGGACCAGCUACACCGAAUAUGUGUUCUACCGUGAGUGA